AUGCCGAGCAGCCCAUGCCAUCCUCCCAUAAGUGAAGGCAACACUACAGUGGGCUCUUCCAAUGUCAUUGCUUCUUCUGCAGCAAGAACCAACAGCGUCAAUGCCAACUCUACCACGGAUGGAUUGUUGGCUGCUUUACAACCGGACCUUCGUGCAGUGUGUUCACCAUUACCCACAAGCGAGGCUGGCGAUGACUUUGGUGCUGGCACUGCUUGGUAA